CGGCACGGAGGUUGCACGCAGUUUUCUCUCCUGUGCAACACAGUACAAGUGAGAGGCGGCGUGGAAGCGCCGGCAACUUGGAAUCCUCUUGGGAAACAUGAAAGCUAAGAACUACUUUUUAAGUAUCUUUCAGGACAGUUGACAUGUUCCAGGGAGCACUUUUUUCCUGCAAAAUUAAGAAGAAUCUGCAUUCUCUGGAGUUUUAAAUAAGUAUAAAAUGAAAAAAGUUUAAAAUUCAGCUUUCAAAAUGAAUGUUGAAAAGUCAGAUGACAAAGCAAAGAAUGGCUUGAAGUCUUCCUUACUUAUUAGGGAUGAAAAUGGAAAUAACUGUACUUGUGACAGAACUGCACCUCCCUCAAAGAAUUGUUUGACCAAGAUACACAGUAAUUCAACUGACCAAAAUAUAGUGCCUGAACAUGAAGAUGAUACUAUUCUUGCAAAUAAAAGUGACUUCAGAAAUACUAUUUUAAAGCAGCAGUGUAUUGAAGCACUUCAUCUGCAGAAUACACCUGGCAAAUGCAACUGUACAAGAGCUCCGUUGGGAGAUGGAGGUGCUGCACAUAGGUCUUCUGUGACCAAACAGGCUUGUGUGCCUCCUUUGAACUGUGACGUGACAGAACCAACGAACUUACUGAAAAGUGACAUUGCUAUGGCAAAAAUGGAAAAUCAGAGUAUCAAACAAUUGGUGCCUUACGAUCAGACUGACUCUGUGUGUGUAUUACCUCUUCCUGCUUCAGAUCAGAACAUGCAGUCCCUGAUAAGUGACAGGGUGUGCUGCCACCUGAGCACACUGGAUGUUACUCAUGUUACAGGUGAAACUCUGGGAAAUGAUCAAAGCGAUGAUGUGCAUCUGAGGGAGAUAACAUCUUCUGAAGUAUGUAGGAGAGAGAAAUUUGAUAGAACCAUCUCAGAAAUAACACCUAAUUUUUUCUCUAUGGGAGUGGCUUCAGAAAGCCCAGAUGCCUAUCCAGAACUUAAAGUAUAUCGUCCUGCCUCUGCAGGUGGUGAACACUGUCUAAAAAACUAUAACAAGACUGAUAAUGAAUCAGAGGAAACAAAAGCACAGACUGUAGAACUAGCUGCUGGAUGUAUAGGUCCUGAUAGGAGAGAUGCAUUAUCACCAUGCAUUAAUGUUAAUAAAGAUGACCAAGUGAAACACUUGCAGGAUACCCCUGACUGUGACAAAACUGAGAAUUUCAGUGCUGAAACAUGUACUGAUGGGCCUGUAAAUAAUGUGCACCUUCUCCCAGUAGAUAUAAUGGAUGAAGAACAAGUAUUGGAGAAACCCAGUGAACCCUCAACCAAAGAACAAAGUAUCUCUGGAAAUGCUGCUCUUCAGGAUAUGCACCACACUUCUUUCACGUCUUGUAGUGUACUAAAAGUCAAGAGGACUGUUAAGCCUGAUCUAAAAUGUGAAGCAACGUUUGUGGUUUUCAGCCCUAUGGCUGAUGAAAGCAAUUCUACUCUAUGUACUUCAACUCCUAAUGAACAAUCAAAAAAUAAAACUUUUUCUAUUUUGUCUUCAAUAGAACUUGGAGACAAAUCUCCUAAACGAAGACCAAAUGAGACCUUUCUAGGAGGGCAUAACAGAAGACCUUUGCUUAAAGCUAGUUCAGGUCAAACUGCAGGAAGACCAGUGAGCACGUCUCCUGUUGUGUCAGCAAUAACUAAAGCCAAGAAAUCAGAGAUCGUUAGUUUUCCCAAACCAAAUUUCAAAAAUGUUAAGCCAAAGGUAAUGUCGAGACCUGUGCUACAGUCAAGAGAAUCUGCAGCAUUAAAACAGUCUCCCCAGUCCCCCCUGUCAGCUGUCUCCCCAUCUUCACUGGUUGCUUCCCCAAGGCAGUUGUCCACCUCGAUAAAAGUGCUGAAGAAGAAAACUGAUCUAACUAAAGAUACUAAAGUGGAAUUGCCUGUGAAUAAGCCCCAUAAGCUACAUCUUAACAAACGCCUCUUCACUAGCCAAGUCGUGCAUGCUGCAACACGUCCCAGGAACACUUCCCACAAGGCUUCAAAGACACCUGUGUUAAAGCAGAAUCCGGAAGACGUUGGCAAAGCAAGCUCUGCCCACUCGGCAUGCUCUUCAGUUUCUGCUGCACUUCCAAUGUGUGUGGAGAACUCAAAAGAGAUGCUGAAUGAUAAGAUGGAAAGUUCAAACCCUUUAAUGCAGCCUAGUGCUCAAAACAUCUACCCGACUGGGGGUGAAGAAGAGCAGAACAGCAACAUGGGAAUUCUUCUGGAAGCAGCCUUGUUACAAGAUGUGGCAAAUGAAAUGUUUGACCUGCAAUCUGUUCCUUUGACGCCUUCUGUGAAAGACGAGACAACACAAGGGAAAAAUACACCAAAGAAAGGCCCAGUCACACUGAGAAAUGUAUCAGCUCCCAAGGUUAAAACAGGGCUAUCUGUGAUGCCCUUGAAGAGAGGAUCUGAAAAUAAACCUAUCAGCACAAUUAAAACACCUCACAAAGGAGCUGUUCUGACAUCAAGCUCUGGUGUAGUAUCUUCACCAAGAGACAAGCAUGCCUCCAUGAAAAAUUCUUCAGCCUCCUGGGCUAGCUCCAAAUCCAAAGUGCCUGUCAAAAGAUCAGUGCUUGAGAGAACACCUAGCAUCUCUUCAGUCAGCAGUACUCGUAGUGAUCUAAGUCUCUCUGCAAGUACCACAGUUAUCAUCAAGAGUGGAGAAUGGCCUUCAAAAACAGCCUGUCCGAACGGAGCUUUGGGAUCUGUCCCUUUGAAGGCAGUACCAAGACCUAGAUUGCACUCAUUGAAGUCAACUCCAAAAGGAGCCAAGGCCAGAUCUGCUUCACUCAACCAGUGCACACCAAAAUCAUCUGGGCCACUGCACUCAGCAAGAAAAGUCAGUGAGGCUAGAGGUACUCCUGGAAGAAAUGGACACCAAAGGCUAUUUUCUUUGGGUUCUGUUGACAAGGGCAAGCAGCAGAGUCACAAGAACUCGUGCAUACAGACUCAAGCGUCUUCAGAUGCGCAUUCAUCUGGCACAAAAACAGCCGAGUUGACACAGUAUAAAACAAAAUGUGAGACCCAAAAUGGAAUCAUCCUGAAGCUGAAAAAAUUCCUGAUAAGCAGUAACCAGAAGUUUGAAGCAUUAACAGUUGUGAUCCAGCACCUGCAGUCUGAGAGAGAGGAAGCACUGAAACAGCGGAAAGAGUUAUCUCAAGAACUAGUAAACCUUCGAGGAGAACUAGUAACCACUUCUGCAGCUUGUGAGAAACUGGAGAGAGACAGGAAUGAACUGCAAGCAGCUUACGAAGGGUUUUUGAACAAGUUAAACCAGCAACAUGACAACGAUUUAGCUGAGCUGGAGGAGAGGCUUAAACAGUUUUACACUGCAGAAUGUGAGAAACUCCAAAGUAUCUGCAUUGAAGAAGCUGAAAAGUACAAAGCUCAACUCCAAGAGCAGGUGGACAACUUAAAUAUCACACAUGAAAAUUUUAAGGUGGAACUUGAAAACAGCCACUCAGAAAAAGUAGAGGAGCUGAAGAAGGAGUAUGAAUCCUCUUUUUCAGAGCUCAAGAGUGCCCAUGAAUCUGAAAGGAAGUCACUUGAAGAUUCCUUUAAAGAGAAGCAGGAAUUGCUGGAGAAAAAAAUCGAUGAAUUAAGAUGUGAGAACGACUCCCUGAGUGAGAAGUUGAAACUGGAAGAACAAAAACAAAUAGCCAAAGAAAAAGCCAGUCUUAAAAACCCACAGAUCAUGUAUCUGGAACAGGAGCUGGAAAGUUUGAAAGCAGUGUUGGAGAUAAAGAAUGAGAAACUCCAUCAGCAGGAUAUAAAACUCAUGAAGAUGGAAAAACUGCUGGAGAACAACACAAUCUUAAUGGAUAAAUUAAAGAAGAUUCAGCAAGAAAACGAAGAACUAAAAGCCCGGAUGGACAAACACAUGGAGCUUUCAAGGCAACUUUCUACAGAGCAAGCGGUCCUGCAGGAGUCGCUGGAGAAAGAGUCAAAAGUCAACAAACGCCUCUCCAUGGAAAAUGAAGAACUUCUGUGGAAGCUGCACAACGGUGACCUGUGCAGCCCAAGGAAACUGUCUCCCAGUUCCCCAUCCGUGCCUCUUCAGUCCCCACGAAAUUCUGGUAACUUCUCUACUCCUACAGGAUCACCAAGAUGACACCUCUUGGGAGAAAGAGGGAAUUGCAUUUCGUUUGUGAUUGCAGAACUCAUCCUAAUUUUAACCACAGAAGCAAGAGCUAUAUUAGCCAAGUAUGACAACUAAACAUAACUGGAAACUUAUUUGGUGCAAAAACGGCGAUAAGAGACUGAGAAUAUGGGAGUAAGACAUUUACCUUGCUCCUCCGAAAAAGACUUGUUUAUGACCUCUAUGGACAUAGUUGCACAAAGCACUUACAGAGCAAGGAAAGACUUGUUCAUUGCCUUUUCACCCAACCAUAAGAAAAAGCUCAGGGGCUCAGAGAUAACGAUCACAACCUUUAUAACAUGUUCCUUAUCACAGACACUUUUUUUUAAGGCUGUGUGUGUGUGUGAGUGCGUGCGUGUGCCGUGGCUGGAAUGGGUGUAACACACUGUGCGUGUGUCUAAUGCUGCCUUCUUUGCUGUGUAUAUAAAAAGGACAAAAGCUGGUGACCACACACAGACACAUGUACUUCCUUAACGGAGCUGUCGGUGUGUGUGCUUUUAGCAAAGGGUACCCCCGCUCCCACGAGUGCUGCAGGUUAGUUUCCUUCAUCGUGCUGACUUCAGUAACAAAAGGGCAUGAGAAGCUCUUGCCAGUGUCUCGGCUGACCCUAGUAUACAACUUUGAAUUCGUUUUAAAACCAAACUGAAUCGCAGCCAUAUUUUGCAUGGGUUCUUGGUUUAAUGUCUCUGCAGGACUCUGCUGUUUGUGGGGAGACUUUUUUUUUUUUCAGGCUAUAGCUGAUUUUGGCUUUCAGGGUUAUAGGCAAAACCACGGUAGCCCUCAAGGUCAGAAGUUAUUAGUUGACUUGCAGGUGUAGAAGCCUUACAUAGACCCAUCAUCUUAGUUGGUGAAUCACUUACUUCCCCAGAGCAGCAUGUCCAUUGCUGAUGCCACUUGCUGAGGGUAAACUAGAUGUAGAUUUGAAAGCCAAAGAACACAUGCAAUAAUUGUCAUUAGGUGCAUUCUUAACUCGGUUCUCAAGAAUUUGUGAAUUCCCGUGUAUCUAGUGACACGCUUUGCCUUUUUAAUCGUUAGCAUUUGUUUAAAGGUUCUACAGGGCUGGCUAAACUCACCUGAGGAGGAGAGGGAAGGUGGUGGCUGUGUAUUUGUCUUGCUAAUUCUAACACCUUCACUCUCAGACUGCAGGGCAUUAGGGUUUUGCAAGUUCAUUUGGCAAAAGAUGCUGUAUGAGAGAUUCUGUAGAGUAGGGAAAAAAAAUCAUUGUCCCAGCUGCUGGAACUGCAGAGCGAGGGUGUUGGUGUUUCUGCAGAUGGCACACGCUCAGUUUCAGCUUCAGCACAGUAAUGGCAAAGACUUGCUACACCCUUGGUCAGACCUGUUUAAGAUGUCUGUUUUGUACCCACUAAACACAGGUUCAGCUUCAAGUAAGCACUACAGAACACCGUGUGUGCUCACAAUAGUUUGGGUUUUACAGUACCUCUUCCAGGACCAUUGUUACGCUAUGGGUUAGCUAAUGCUCCUGUUAGCUGCCUCUACUGGUAACUGUUACAGUAGGUGGUUUCUACUGAGUUUUUCUCAGUGUUUGCAGUAGCUUGAGGACGGGAAUCAAGGCUGUGGAGAGUGUUGAGGGAACUCAGCUGGAGAGCCACUUGAACCCAUUUUUACCCAAGACUGGAAAAAUCUUUGUAAGUAAUGAGUAACACAGACAUCGAAAUAAGACUGUUAACACAGUGCUCAUACAGUAAGGAAACUUGUAGUAUAUUAAAACUUGUGAUUGACUCUAUCAUCAUUAAAUUGACUUAAUUUUCCAUAAUGUACAAGUUAAGGUGCCAUUUCUAUAGAAUAUUAUGUUCUCUUUUAAUCCUCUUUAAGGGCACUGUACGUACCACCUGUUAAUGGGGUCAGUACUUAACACUUUCUAGGGGGUUCCAAUUGACUACAAAAAUCCUCUGUGGGCUAAAACUUGGCUUAAUGUGUAUCUUGGAACAUUAUUUUCUAUGGUCAAAGACAUUUGAUCACAUGUAUUUAAGCUGAAUGCUUUAAAAAUAAAUUUUUUCUACCAGUUGAAGAAUUUUUCUCCUGCUUGUAUUAGCCAAAGGAUCUUUAAUCUAAGGAGUACUAAUCUCUUAGUACCUGCUCAACACAGCGGAACAGCAGUAGUGAGGCUUCACUGUACAAAUUAUUAACCUUCAGCUAACCCUGAGAAAUGUUUAACUCCUACCUAUGUUAGAGUAGCAAGGUUAAAGUUGCACAGAGCUUGCUUGUGAUUAUUAGUGAUUCAGUUUGAGUUGACUGAUUAAAAAAACAAUGAGAGUGCAGAUAACAUUACAGAAUUAAUUAAGCAAUAAUAAAGUCUGCCUGCUAAAGGCAUCCUACAGGAUUCACUGAAAUGCUCACCUUGUUCAAGAAAGUUUGUGUAUGAGACAAGACAGAGUUCAGCAAUCUAACAUGGUCCCAUGAGCAGUUGUCCAGUCACUGGUAAGAACUUGAUUAUCUUAGUUGCAGUGUUAGUGCCUCAAAACAUGCAAGAAGAGUGCAUACAAAUGUUCGAAGAUCAACUAUAGCAUACCCUGUCAUGUAACAGAGAGGGACACAGAUUUUUACUGAAAAGAAAGUGUGGUAUAAUAAUGCCAAGACUGUUAACUUGGUGGUAGCUUUUUUCCCCAGUUCAGAAUACUUCUCACCUCUCGAAUUCUCACGUGUAGAAUCUUUCAGCGCAGUUGUGGAAGAAAUGAAGAAUCCUUGUAUACAGAAAUCAGACUACAGCAAUACCUGUCUAGAGUUGGUCUGAAUUAAAUCAUUCUGUUCAUCCGU